AUGUCAGUAUACUUGGAAAAAAAGCCUGUUUUUUCCUUGGACAACUCCCGUUCAGCUACUGAAUCUAUCAAAUCCGCCGUCGUUCAGUACAGUAACAUCAACACGAGGGGCACGAUAGAUCCCAAAAAUGUCGGGAUACUCCCUCUUCAUGUUUUCAUCUAUAUCAUCAUUGGGGUGCUUGUCACCUUAUGUUGUAGUGUUUCGAUAUGGGAAAUUCUCAAGACUCUAAUUUCCGCCAGACGGUUCAUCAGUCAGAGAGGAUUAAGAAUGAACGUGGAUGCGAAGGCCAAAGCUUCAUUCAGACAAAAGAGAGCUCGACUUCCUGGGCGUGUAGCCACUAUAGCGAAACGUGAAGUUGGGAAAUACAGAACUCAGCCGAUGUACCAAGCAGACGGAUUUCUCGACCCCACACUAAUGGCAAAGCCGAACCUGCCACUUCCGGUCGUCCAAAAAGAGACACAUCAAGAGCAACCAGAACCUGGAUUGGAUGUCUGUGAUAUAGAAACAUGGAGCGAUCUCGUCAAGGAGAAGUCAAAGCUCGACAUCGCGAUUUCCAACUGGGAACGUGUCUCCCAAGCUCAGACGCGAGCAGGUCAACCAGGUGCAAAUCACCCAAGAUUACUCGCAACAUUACAGCGACGUACAGUUGUCGAAAACUUGAUCAAUGCGACAUUUGAGAGGUUCAAAGAGAAGAGGGGAGAAUGGAGCACACAAGAAUGGCAGGUGAUUGAACAGAUCAUGCAGUAUCAGUUUCAGUAG